UUCUCUUGCCAGUUUUAGAAGUCUUGAGGACAUCAAAUCACCCUUGAUUGAGACUGAAGUUGCUUCUUUUGUCUACUUGGUCAUUGAGGCCUUUGUAAGGAUACCUGACAGAAAGGAUCACCAGUAAUGGCCUCUGUAUGGAAGAGACUUCAGAGGGUUGGCAAGAGGGCUGCCAAGUUCAAGUUCACUGGUUCUCUACACGAACUAGCAGUGGAAGCAACCAAAAAGUGGCAGCCAGAUAAAUUAUGUAUGAUAUGGACAAGGAGAGGCAGAAAAAAAUCAACAGAGCUCCACAAGUGGGUUCCUGGAAUCAAAGACCCCUACAAGGGCACAGUAACCUGGACAGUACCGGAGAAUCUGGAGAUCACUGUUACUUUGUUCAGAGAGAAUCGAGCUGAUGCCCCAUUCGAGGACAAGGAAUGGCUCUUUGUUUUGGAAGAUGAAGCCAAGAAAGGAAAGCGUCGCGUGCUAGCGCAGGGCGUGAUAAACAUGAAGGACUUUGCCAGCAUGGUUCCGACACAGGAGAGACAGAGGAUAACCUUGAAGCCUGUGAGCAAGAAGAUCAUCAGUGCAUCCCUAGAACUCACCGUUUCCUGUAUGCUGCUCAGGGAAGGGGCUGCUACUGAUGAUGACAUGCAGAGUCUCGCCAGUAUACUGAGUUUCCACCAACCGGACAUCGCCGACCUCAACGACUUUGACGACGAGGACGAUGAGUUUGAUCGGGAGAUCCUCACGUCGGAGAAGAUCUCUGAGUUGGCCAGCCAGUACACCUUCAUGGGGCCUGACCACAACACGGAGGAUCCAUUCAGUGCUUUAGAUGCCCUGGAAGAGGAGGAGUAUACAGGUGACCCGUUCCUGAAGUGUGAUUCCCGUGGCAGGCCGACGCGCCUUGAUGCCUCCUUCAACAGCGACUCGGCCGACGCCCUGGAAGACUCCUACGAGCCCGGCGGGGAGGGUCUGGACGACUUUGAGUACGAUGGAGGAGCAAACUACCAGCAGGAGCUCAGAGAAAGGGAUGAUAUAUCGCCCUCGUCUGAUUCUACCACGCCAACCGUCUCCUUAACCCCUAGUACACCUGUAGCAUCUUCUGAUUUUGGAAUGCCUUAUAUGAUAGCUGAUGCAGCAGACUAUGACGACAGUGCAGACAAGAAGCAGCGAAAACGAAAAGCACCUCAACCUCCGGCCGGCGGCGGAACCAACUCGUCCCCCUCCUCUCCGCAGCCCCCCAAGAAGGAUGGCGGAUGGGCUGCCGCGGCAACCGCCGAACCUGUAAGUAGCCGCUCUCCGUCCCCCACUCACUCAGCUGCAUCUUCUGUUGUGGCAGCCCCCAGACAGUCCCCCAUUCCGAUGGAAGGAGACGGAGAAGAAGAAGAAGUCAGGGAGAAACCGACCCCCAGCCCCAGAUCUUGGAUCCCUGCCAGUCCCAGCCGACGUUCCAGAACAGGCAAAGAGAGUGGUAGCCCUUUAAAGUUGAACAAGAAUGCACCCAGCCAGCAGCUCUUGCUCUGGUGUCAAGAGGUCACCAAAGGUUACCGUGGGGUCAAGGUCACCAACCUAACGACCUCAUGGAGGAACGGGCUAGCUUUCUGUGCAAUCAUUCAUCGGCAUCGACCCGAUUUAAUAGAGUUUUCAUCACUGUCACCGCAUGAUAUAAAGGGGAACAACAAGAAGGCUUUUGAUGCCGCUGCUGCCUGUGGCAUUCCAAGACUUCUGGACCCUCAAGACAUGGUCCUUCUGGCUGUACCGGACAAACUCGCCGUCAUGACCUAUCUCUUUCAACUGAGGGCGCACUUCACUGGCCACGAACUAGAAGUCAAGAGGAUCGGUAAUGCAACGAAAAAGAGCACGUACAUUGUUGGAAAUUACUCGUCGGACAAGUCCAUGCCAGAAGAUGUGUUUGCGCAGGAAACCAACGUCAUCCAUGAUGACAGGGUCGUGGCGAACGGAGAGAGGACAGAGAACGGGAAAGAGGUUGUUUCAAAUGGGGUUAGUAGUGUACCAAAGAGCCCUGGCUCACCGACUAAGUCUGGACCCAAUAGUAGGAAGACUUCCCCAGAGGGUGGGGAGGACACGGUGGAGGGGGUGGACACCAUGAACAUGAAGAACUCAGACAGCAAUAGCCACGGGCUAUCGGACAAGCUGCAGAGUGCCGGUAGCAAGGUGGAGAGGAGACUCACCAAACAGAAAUCGAGAGAUAAAGAGCCAGAAUCAAAUGGGGUGGAUUCGGAUAAGAAUAGGACUCCUACAGACACUCCUGCAGAGAACGGGAGAAAGGUUGGAAGCCCUAUAGGAGCAGCUGGAGACCAGGUCUGGUUCAGAGCAUCUGCUAUGGCCAAGAAAGAUGUAAAAGGGGAUGGGGAAGCGCCACAAAAGUCCAAAGAGGAUGAUUUAAAGGAGCGAGCUAAGCGAUUACUAGAGCUCGCUAGGAAGGAGGCGGCGUUCAAAAGAGCCACUCUAAAGAGAGAACAGUCGCAGCAAGAUGGAGAUGCAAAUGAGGAGGAAGAAAAGCGGAAAGAAGAUUUGAAAGUAAGAGCAAGAAAGUUGAUAGCAGAAGCUCGCGGAAGCAUCAAUAAACCCCAGAUUGAAGGUAUCGAUGAGAUGGCACAAGCCGUCAAAGAACAGGCCACGAUAGGUCUUGGUUACAACUUUUAUCAAUAUGGUGGUCAGUGUGGUGAGAAGACAGGAGCAGAUGGACAGCCUCUAGCCAGCCCUGACCAACCUACGCCGCCGGUCAGCCCCGACGACAAUCAACUCGCCAAGGGAUUGACCAAGGGCAAUAUCGCGGUCAAGACGCCGCUCCAAUCCUUCACCAAUUUGGUCCAGCCCGUACAGAGAAAAGCCAAGACCCCGGAUGACCCAUCAGAUGAAGCCAGGACACCGGAUGGACAGGUCAAAGAAGAGAUCAAGGAUGCGGAAGAGAAGGAUCAUGAGGUGGAGAAGAGUAAAGAAGGAACAGAAGACCUAAUGGAAGAGGACCUGCAAGAGACAAGCGAGUACAUCCUGGGUGAAUACUCAGCUCUGGAUCGAGAGCAGAAGCAGAUCGACGAGAGGGCAGCGUUCGUGGAGAAAGCCCUCCGACAGGCCAUGGAGGAAGGUACGGAUGAUGAAGCUGCUCUUAUGCAGGAGUGGUUUGAAUUGGUUAACAAGAAGAAUGCUCUGAUCAGGCGCCAAGAACAGCUCAAUGUCAUGGAGAAGGAACAUGAUCUUGAGAGAAGAUAUGAAAUGCUGAAUCAAGAGCUCAGAAAGAUGAUGGAGAUAGAAGAUUGGCAGAAGACAGAGGAGGAGAGACAAAGGGAGGCUUUCCUGCUGGAAGAUCUUGUGAUCCUUGUCAACAAAAGGGAUGAACUGGUGAUGGAACUCGAUGCGCAGGAACGAGAGGCUGAGGAGGAAGCGGAAUACUUGGAGAAUGCUCUGAUGAGAAGACGCAACAAAGGAGGGGCAGGGGUGAGAGACGAGAAGUGUAGUAUUCAGUGAGGAAAACAAACGGGUCAAUGUGUCAGAGGUCUGUUCACACACGACGUAGUAGUCCGGCACUGCUUAAAGGCAUGUUCACACAUGAUGCAAUAAACCAUCGCGGCAAAAUAAAAACUGCUUUACAUGGAAAUGAAUGGCAAGUGAGGGUGAGAGAAAAAGUAUCUGCCUACGAUAAAGACCGCUAAGAAUACUUGCUUAUCAGUUAACACAGUGCCGACUGGAACCGGGUGGUUUCUGUGUUUAGCCGAUAAGAUGUACGGGAAUCCAAUUGCCAGCGUGUUAAGAUACAGAAAUGUGAGGGGCACUGCGAUUAUGAUGUUUUAUCUUGCUGCGAUGGGUGUUUGAGGCAGUUUACUAUGUUGCGUGUGAAUGAGGCUCAAUCAUGGUCGCAUCAGCAUGGCCUAUGGUUUUGGUUAGAAAAGAGAGAGUGAUGUGAAAUAUAUGAAUGAAGAAAGAUGGGCAUGUGUAUAUGUAUAUGUGCAGAGGAAGAAAUUGACUUUCCUCUGUGCGAGGUGGUUCACUAUCUUUAGAGGUACUAACAAGCCAGAGAAAUAUGAUGAAAUGCAUCAAAAGAAGUGCAGAGAGAGAGAGAGAGAGUGGAAGGGAGUGGAAGGGAGUUUAGGGAAACACAAAACCUGGGUGUUGUUCAGAUUAAAGACGUGGAAAAGGAUGGAAGAAUAAAGUACCAUUGAUAAAUGUUUAUAACAGUGCUGGUAUUAAAUCAGUUGAUGAAUGCCAUUUAAAGAUAAUUUUUGUCAAAAAGCUUUACUUUAAAAGAACCUUUUUUUAUUACAUUUUUCUUUGAAGAAAAGUGAAACUGUGUAUAUAAUACAUUAAAUGGUAAAAGAUAUUGAAUUGCCUUGUACUUUUGAAAGAUUAAUUUCUUACUUUGGUGAAGUACUUUUUGUUUUGAUGUUUUGAUUAACAAACUGUUUUCUACUUUGUACUUGACAUGGAAUUUGUACAAUGUUCCAAAAUACAGCCAAGGAAAUUUUUGAUUUUAAUUCAUUAACUCUUUCAUAAGUUGUACAAUUCAUAUUAUUUUGUGCCUUUUCUGAAUAGGAUUUGGUUUGAUGUUAUAUAUUUAUGGUAUUAAUGUAAAAGUUUUAAGACAUGUCAUUUGGAGUAUUAGUAAAUGUGAUUCAUUUUAUACAAUGAUUUGAUUCAAUGUCUUACUUCGAGGUCAUGUUUUGCCAGCUAUUGGCAUGUUAUAAAUACAACAUGGUAGUAAAGAUAACGCUCAUCUACAAUUUAUUAGGUAUGAAAUCUCACUAUUAUCUGACUAUUAAUGGGACUAAAACAGAUCCAUUUUGCUCAUCACUAAAACCAAUAUUUUCAAGUAAAACAUAUUAAUCUGAAAAUGUUUUACAUACAUGUGUGUUUCAAUAUCACCCUAGAAUUUUGAAUUUAAAGAAUGAUAAACUUGCCAUGUACUCUGAGCUAUUUAAUAUUAUUGAUAGAUAUAUGCAACAUAAGAUGUUAAGAUGAACUUUAAAUUCCAUUUUGUGCAGUUGGCUCAGACUUUACGAAUAGCCACAGAAUUUCUUGGAAGAAAACAAAAAGGAUUAGAUCUAACCAUUAUAGGCUUUAUGUGCACGGCUUUGGCUUUUAGCAGAUUUAACCUUCGUUUCUGUGAAGAAAAAUAGCAAAAUAAUAAAACAAAUAUUAUGUUGGGAAAUAUAUGUAUAGAUAUUAAUAUUAAAUUUGUUUUGCCUGAUAUUUAAAUAAGUGGACAUAAAUUCAUCUUUGAUAUAGGUGCAUAUCAUAUAAAAAUAAAAAAUUGUAUAUAAUAUA